CUUAUCAGUGUGACACCAAACACUGUCUCAGCGUCAGCUGCAGGAUGUUGACGUCGUAGAGACGUGAUUUGUUUUAUUUGUAAUCCGGCAAAAACGAUGUCUUCAUUUGAGUAUCUGAGAGAGUUUGUCAGUGACAGACUGAGCGCUGCUGCUGAGGAAAUACUCGGAGUUUUUAUAAAAACGAUCGUCGAGUACGAAGAAGAGAUCAGCCGUCAGCGCAGACUGCUGGAUGUGGUCUGGAAACCUGAGGUGAAGUUACACAGGAUAGAGCUCCCUCAGGAAGAUGUCUGCACAGAGGAGGAUAUUCUCGCUGACCAGGAGAGGUGCUCCACUCUGGACCAAGAGGAUCUGGAGCGUGUUCACAUAAAAGAGGAAGAGGAGGAACUCUGCACCAGUCACGAGGUAGAGCUGCUUGUACUGAAGCAGGAGGACGAUACUCUUAUAGUGACUUAUGAAGGAAGUGACCACAGCGAGGCAGAACCAAACACUGAUCACCAGCUCCUCUAUUCCUCUAAUACUACCGUCUACUCUCAUUUAGCUGGGAGUGAGACAGGAGACAAUCAUGGAGAAUCAAAUAGAGACGCAGAGCCAGAGAUGCAGAACCCUGACCUGUCAGAAAUCCAGUCUCACCCAGGUAAAAAGACUUAUUUAUGUGACACUUGUGGAAAACAUUUUAAGUUUUUGUCAGGUUUCCAGAGACACCUGAGAUGUCACACAGGUGAGAAGCCAUUUUCCUGCAGCAGCUGUGGAAAAAGAUUCUCUCGGCCGUCAGAGGUGAAAAUUCACGAGAGAAUCCACACAGGCGAGAAGCCGUACGCUUGCAAAACCUGCGGGGAAACGUUCUGUCGGAAACCAGAUUUGAACAUUCAUGCGAGAAUCCACACAGGUGAGAAGCCGUAUUCUUGCAAAACAUGCAGAAAAGAUUUCCGAUAUGACAACGAGUUAAGAAUUCACACGAGAACUCACACGGGUGAGAAACCGUGUGUUUGCGCAACCUGCAAGAAGUCUUUUGGUAACAAGCCGGCUUUGAAGAGGCACAUGCAAGUUCACACGGGUGAGAAGCCGUGCCUUUGCAAAACCUGUGGGAAGAGAUUCUUUGACCUUUCAACGUUGAAAGUGCACAGCAGGAUCCACACAGGUGAGAAACCGUUCUCUUGCAAAACAUGUGGGGAAGAUUUCAGAACGACCGGUCAGUUAAAGUUUCACAUGAGAAGAGCCCACGCUGCUGAGAAGCCGUACCUUUGCAACAUCUGCGGAGAAGCUUACUUUGAUCUGUCAGAUUUGUCCGUCCAUUUACAGUCACAUUCAGGCAUUUACAGCUGUAUGCUUGUGUUUAAGAACGCAGGCGCCAUUCUGACCAUCACUAUGGUAACCAAGUGUCUAUGUAUAUAUGUCUAUGUGUCUAUGGAUUUGAUUAUUCGACCGCACCCCGCGGUCCCUUUAAAUCGGAGUAGCAGCAUAUUCAGUCCGGCGGAAGUAAAUCCACAUGAACAGCAGAGCAGACUCCAGCUGUUCGUUUUAGCUGCCUCGUAUUUAGCUUCAACAAAAUCAAACGCCCUGCAGAGCAGACUGUCUCCUCCGUCGUAUUCUCUCAAAAUGUCUUCCGUCCAGCGCCUCAGAAAGUUUGUCAACGAGCGACUGACUGCUGCCACCGAGGAAAUAUUAACCAUCUUUGAAAAAACCAUCACAGCGUAUCAGGAGGAGAUCAGCCGUCAGCGCAAAUUACUGGAUAUUGUUUUGAACCCAGAGAUAAAAUUACACAAGACAGGUAUAUCGCAGUUCAUCUGUAAUGACGAGGUUGUCGCUGACCAGCAGCUCUGUAACCAGAAGAGGAGUUACAGUCUGGAUGAAGAGUGCGCAGAGCCUUCACAGAUUAAAGAGGAAGAGAUGGAUCUCCGCACCAGCCAGGAAGAAGAGCAGUUUCUUCUGAAGCAGGAGGAUGAUUGGUUCAAGUCCAGGCCUACUACUCAGGGAAGAGACCACAGUGAAGACCAGACUGUGCUUUUGGAUCCAGCGCCACUGACCAACAUCAAAGUUAUAGUAAUAAAAUCUGAAUCUGACAGAGAGGGUUCGGGUGUAUCCAAACCAAACAGUGACCACAAUGACUACUCUCACAGACCUAGAAGCUGUGAAAGAGGACGCCGAGAGAAUACAUGCACUGAUCAGAAAAAACAUUUCCAAUGUCUCUUUUGCAGUGAGGAGUUUCAUGAUUUUUUGAAGUUAAAAAUUCACAUGAGGACACACACUGAUAACGGUCGUUUCAAAUGUGACACUUGUGGGAAAGGGUUCACGCAGAAGGCACAGGUAAAUAAACACAUGAUGACACACGCAGGGGUAAAGCCCUUCAGAUGCAGAGUUUGUGGAAAGGAAUUUAACUGUCACUCAAACUGCAUCACUCACAUGAAAACUCACACAGGCCAGAAGCCCCAUGCUUGUGUCACCUGCGGGAAAAGUUUCAGACGCAGCGCAGACCUGAGGAGGCACAACCGAAUUCACACUGGGGAGAAGCCGUACAGCUGUGUACACUGUGGGAAAGAGUUCUCUCAUCAUUCGUCUCUCACCAAUCACGUCCGAGUGCAUACGGGGGAGAAACCUUAUGACUGUAUGUGGUGCGGGAAGGCGUUUGCCAUCAGCACAACGCUGAAAAUACACACCAGAGUCCAUACAGGGGAAAAGCCGUAUACAUGCAACGUUUGUGGGAGAAACUUUGCUCAUAACACGGGACUGAGAUUACACAGGAGGAUCCAUGCACGAGAGAAACAAGCUGAAAUGUCUUUAAUGGGGACCAUGUCUUCAGUUCAAAUCAUGAGACAGUUCGUCUGUGACCGGCUCACCGCGGCUGCUCAGGAGAUUUUGGGAGCGUUUGAAAAGAAAGUAGAUGUUUACGAGAAAGAAAUCGCUCGUCAACGAAGACUGCUGGCAUCAGCCUUAGCGUCCGAGACGAAGUUACACCAGACAGGGCUCUCAGAGGGACCUGUGCUGACCAAGGAAGAGGAGGUUCUCCUAAACCAGGAGUAUUAUAACCAGGAGACAACCUUGGUUACACCAGAACAUGCAGAGAUUAAAGAGGAAUAUGAGGAAAUGUGUGUCAGUCAGGAACGACAGCAGCUUGCACAGCAACAGGAGACGGAUGCAUCUAGGUCAAUUGCAACUUGUGAGGAAAGUGUCCACAGUGAUCAGACUCAGCCUAACCAAACGGUGAAUAAGGAUCCUCAAUCCAGCAUCUCUGACAAAGAUGCAUCAUCUAGAUCUGGCAGGGAGACUUCAUCAGCAUCUGCACCAAACAGUGACGACCAGCCUCUCUCUAACAACUCUCAUGCAGCUGAAGAUUCAAGUCAAGAUUGCAUAACUUGUACCGAUGGAAAUGCAACACCAACUAGUGAUACUGAGUCAACACCAAAGAAGACAGGCAAUGAUGAGAAUGUGUCAGCAACAAGCACAGAGCAGACGUCAGAUAAUAUAAGCAAUGAUCCAAAGACAACAUCAACUACAAGUACUGAGCCAACACCAAAUAAGGAAUGUAUAAGUAAGACAACAGCAUCAACUGGAGGGACUGAUCUAACACCAAAUGAGAGACAUAAUGAUGAGAACCCAACAUCAGAAGCAAAUACUGAAUCUACACCAAAUGAGAUAAGCCAAGAAGUCAACACAGCAUCAGAUACAAGUACGGAGCAGACAUCAGAUAACACAAGCAAUGAUGAUAACACGACUACUGAGCAAACGUCAAAUAAGAAAUGUGACGAUGAGAAUCCAACAUUAAGUGGAAAUAGUGAGCCAACGCAAGAAAACAAACAUAAUGAUGAUAACACAUCGAUGACAAACACAGAGACAACACAGGAGAAAGGUAACGAUAAGACCACAACAUCAACUAGAGACACUGAGCUAACACCAAAUGAGGAACAUAAUGAUGAGAACCCAACAUCAGAAGGUAAUGGUGAGUCAAUGGCAAAUAUGAAAAGCAGUGAUGGGAAUUCAACAUCAGCUACAAGUACAAUGCAAUCAGAUACAAGUAUUAAGCAAAGACCACAGAAGAAAGGAAAUGAUAAGACCCCAACCUCAACUAGAGGCACCAAGUUAACACCAACUGAAAAGCAGAAUAAUGAGAACCCAACAUCAGAAGAAAAUAGUGAGCCAUUGAUGAAUAAGAAAAGCCAAGAGAGACCAACCUCACCUGGAAAUGUUGAACCAACAUCAAAUAAAAGACGCAACAAUGAGAAGGCAACAUCAGCUGCAAGUACUGGAACAAAACCACGUAAGAAAAGUAACAAUGAGAACACAACAUCACAUGUAGAGACUGAGCCAACACCAAAUAAGAAACGCAGCAAUGGGAAUAAAAGUUCAAAUGAGAAACAUAAUAUUGAGAACCAAACAUCAAAAGGAAAAAGUGAGCCAGCACUAAGUAGGAAAAGCCAAGAUAGAUCAACGUCAAGUGGAAGUGCUGAGCCAACAGCAGCAUCAACAUCAAGUACGAAACCAGCACCAAUUAAGAAACGCAGCAGUGGGAGAACAACUUCUACUGGAAGUAAUGAGCCAACACCAGAUAAGAGUUGUAACACUGAAGACACAACAUCAGCUAAAAGUACUGAACCAACACGACGUAAGAAAUCCAAUGAUGAGAAAACAACGUCAUCUACAAGUGCAAAACUAGCACCAAAUAAGAAACGCAAUAGUGAGGAGAUGUCAGCUGAAAGCACUGAUCCAACAGCAAAUAAAAAAGACAGUGACGGGAACGCAACAUCAACUUCAAGUACUAAACCAGCAUCAAAUAAGAAAAGCAGUGGUGGGAAAACGUCUUCUACUGAAGGAAUGGAGUCUGAAGAGGCUGAACCAACACCAAACAAAAAAUCUAAUGAUGGGAAAAUCACACCAGCUACAAGUACUAAGCAAACCAAAAAACGGAAAAGUAAUGAUGAGAGCACUAUGUCAACUAGAGGUAACAAUGGAAACACAAGGUCGACAAGAAACAAGGAGUUGACACGUCAUAGGAGACAAACUGAUGGGAGCACAAGAAAAAAUGAAAAUACUGACCCAACACCAAAUAAACAACGCAAGGAUGAAGAUACAUCAGCCACAAAUACUGAACAAACACAAAGUAAGAACCGUGAUAAUGAUAGCACAGCAUCAAAUGAAAGUACCAACCCAACACCAAAUGUGAAAAGUUCAGGUGGUAGUACCAAUGAUGACAAUAACCCUUUCAAGUGUGACAGGUGUGGUAAAGUGAUGUCAAAUUUCAAAAACUACAAAUUUCAUAUGAAAUCCCACACUGUUGAAAAGACGUACAAAUGUGACACUUGUGGGAAAAUGUUCAGGGAGAGUUGGGAUUUGAAUAAACAUCUUGUAAUUCACUCUGUUGAGAAGCCUUUCAAAUGCAAAAUCUGCGGACAUGGAUUCAACCGGCGUUAUAAUCUCGACCUGCAUGCUAGAGUUCACACCGGGGAAAAGCCUUUCAAAUGUGACACCUGUGAUAAAUGCUUCAGCUCUUGUGUGAACAUGAAGAAGCACAUGAGAAUCCACACAGGUGAGAAGCCUUACACCUGCAGCCACUGCGGGAAGGAGUUUGCAGAUUCUUCGUCUUUCAAAAAUCAUCAACGAGUGCAUUCGGGGGAGAAGCCCUUUAAGUGUACCUCUUGCAAGAGAAGAUUUGCCACAAGGACGACUCUGAAAAGGCACACCGUAGUACACACAGGUGAAAGGCCAUAUAAGUGCAGUGUAUGUGACAAGGCGUUUGGACAUAGAACAGACCUGAAAGGACACAUGAGGUUACAUACUGGGGAGAAGCCUUACAAAUGCAAAACUUGUGGAGAAGAGUUUUCCAACUGGUUAAAACUCAGCAAGCACGGAAAGAAAUUCCACAAAGCUGUCCUCAAAGAUGAACAAAGCUCCUCUGGAUAAAAAAAACUAAUUUGCAUUUGAUAUGCAAUGCUUAUGAUAAAAGUAAAUUAAUUGCACUUAAGUAUAAUUUUACCAAUUUAGCUUUGCACUCUUUUAGGAAUGGAAUAACGAUUGAUGAGUUUCCAGAGUGUCAACAAGGGACAGUGUUGACGAUGGGUUGUUGCUUCACGUACUUGUGAAAAGAUGAAACACAUUCUGGGAAGGGUGGUUUUAAAAACAGAUCUAUGAGUUGAGACAAUCUGACAAUCAUUUUAUCAACGAUUCAGACAUGAACAGUAGAUUUACACUGUAUAUUUUGUCUAAAUAUGCUGGACAACCCUUGUUGUUUUUUCACUUUUGAGUGGUCUUGUUGAAAUGAAUGAGUGGGCUAUGCUUUUGCUUGUAAUGUGAAUGUCGGUCCGAACGUGGCCUUAUCUAAAGCACCAUCUCAUGAUGGGGACUCAAAAAGAAUACUGUAUAUCACCAUGAUAAUUUUGGGAGACUUCAAUUUAAGCAAAUGCACAAAUUGCUUAUGUAUUUCUCUGUUGCUUAUGUAUUUACCAAAAAAUCUGAAUGGUGGGAGUCUUUUUUGAAAAUGGAAAUACAGGGUGACCUGUUUUGGAAGUGAUCUCAUCUUCUGAAGCUAGUUAUUAAUGGAAUAAUGAUUGUUUUAAAGAGAAAUUGUUGAGAAUCUGUACAUAUUUUUGAACAGUAGGGUAGAAACUGGAAAGGACUAUUGGAGCAGCUGUACAUGGACAAAAUCAGUCUUCUCUUCCACAUUUUUUUCCUUGCAAAGUUUUAUGACAAUCAUAGAGAUGGUGAUGACACAAUUGAAAUGUGUUAAUCCAAUGUGUCAUUGUUUUAAUCAGAGUUUAUGACUACUUUUUAGAUUUGUUUUUUAAGAGUACAUCCUAUUUUUUUAAAUAUCUGCUGUGCAGUUGUUUUUGCAAAACACACUAAGUGAGUGAAUGUAUUACUUUGCCAAUCUUUAUUAAAUUUUAAUGAGCCUUUUCCUUUAA